CAGAAUCAUAUCAGUGAAGCUGUUUAAAUGGUCAUCUGGUCUUCUUUCAAAUUUGAAGGUCAUCUUCGUGAUUGGAUACGGGAAAAUGGAUAUGAAUGACGAUGAACUCAGAUUAGCUUUGUCCAGAUAUAUGGAUGUUGUACCUCCAGUGACGGAAUCAACUCGAGCAACUUUAGUAGCGAAACUGAAGAAAUGCGUGGCCAAUGGGAGUGAAGCUGUGCAUGAAGCUCCUGUGCAUGCACAGGAAAACGCCAUAGAAAACCACAUGAACGGGUCACUGGAGAAAGAAGAAAGCAGGCCUAUACAGGAUGGUCGUGAGUCACCAAAGUACGUCACGACGGUGCAGGAUAAAUCCUCCCCUACUAAAGAAUUUCCUUCAAGUUUUAUGAAUGGCCUACCAGCACAAAAACAGUCAUCUCCAGUUAUAGAAUAUGUUUCUCGACUACCCAGCUAUCGUCGUCGAUCAAUACAUCCAGACCGGCCAGGAAUAGACAAUCCAUACUCUGAUGUAAAUUGGUUAUCAGGAGUUUCCCCAUCGCCAAUAAAAAGCCGUGUCGAACCCUUUCAUAAACAUUCAAGCUUUCAAAGUUCAAAAGCAUGCGUGCAUUCCAAUAUCCUGAAGUCUGUCUUAUAUGUUACCAUUGGUCUAAUAUCCGUUUUCUUCGAGUCUUUUUAUUCCUUCUUUUCCACAUUAACAAAUGCUCUGUACAUGCAUAGACCGUCGUUCAAGACAUGCCUUUGUUUUGUUUUAGUUGGAUUGAUUCUAAUCGGACUAACUAGAGUCUUAUUUGGUGACCCAUUUUAUCACAAUCCUGUUGAAGAUUUACGUAAUUUUAUCAAAUAUUCUUUAACUCAAUAAUUAUUAAAUGUGUUACAUUUGUAUAAAUUCGUAAUCCGGUUCAAUGUCGUAGCAUAUUUUUCCAAUUACCUUUUUCUAUACAUGUUUCUGUGCUAUAUAAUAUAGUCUUUUCUAAUUGUUAACUCGGUGAAAUAAAAUUUUGUUGUGACGG